GCUGUUGUCAUAGUAGCGAUAAAUAUAACGUUGUUGAAAAACAAGAUGGAUAAUUUAAAGCCUGUUGGGAUGCGUCGUGCUUCUAGCUGGUCUACCGAAGUAGAGAAUGCAUACCGGUUCCAGUUAGCGGGUUAUAGAGACGAAGUGGAAUAUUUUAACUUUAAUAAUGCUGACCCAGAGAAGUGGACGAACACAGGAUUUAUUAAAAAACUUAAGAGACGGGAUGGUCUAUUCUACUAUUUUAACAAGGAUAGGGAAUGUUCGGACAAAGAUAUACCAAAAUGCAAGCUAUAUGUAUACUAAUUAAAAAUUACAAUCUAGUGAAUGCUAUCUACCAAACGCAAUCUCUAGGAGUUCCAGAGAGCACAACUCUUGUUUAAUUUAUGGAGUGAAAAUUUGAGAUUGCAAUAGAUCGACAAGCUGUAGACUAUUUUUAACCAUACAAGCAGCUGAUAAUUUUUUACUUGUUUUUUGAAAUUAAUAGGAAAGUCUUGCUGUAAAACUCCGAAUUUUUAAUCAAGGCUUUUAGUGGAGCGUUUUGAUUGAUUGUAUAUAAGGUUGAGAUAAUACCACACUUUCGGUUUGAAAAGUCAAAAGAAUGAGAAGCGAGUAUUAAUUUCCAUGAUGCUGAUUUCUAAGCUAGUUCUACCUGUAAAAUUUCAACUCGUUCAUAAUUGAGUAAGAAUGUGAUGACCCGACAAUCAAUUAAUGAAUAGCCUGUACUGAGUAAUCCUGAUAAAUGAACCUGAUUUCAUCGUAACGCGAUUGACCUGAAGCUAUUCGAUUGCCUGUAGAAGUGUUGUUUUUAAAUAUGAGACGACAGUCAU